CACUAACAAAUAACCGCUCUCAAAUUCCCCACUUUGUUUCUUAUUGGCUUUUUCUCUCUCUUUAGGCUCCCAUCUUCCAAAAACAGUUCCACUUAAUAAUAAUUAAAAAAUGACAUGAAAAAUUGUCAACAACAACCACCAAAUUAAAGUUGGUAAUCUUAUUCGUAAUCACUUUAAAAUUAAGCAUUCUCCUUCCUUCUAUUUUUAGUAUUUGGCCUAAGAAACCACAACAUCGCUGUAAUCCCUACAAGCGUAGUGUAGCAUCUUUCAUCGUCGUCCCAUGUCUUCUUUGGCUUCUACUACUCACUUACUUUCUAUUUUCCCUGAAAAUGGUGGGAAGAAGAAUAUUGGUGGCCACCACAAGAUACAAGAGUUACAAAGAGAGGUGUCGAUGCUCCAAAAUAUGCUGAACCAUGAAGAGGAAGUGCGUCAGAUUUUGCAACAAGUUUAUAAUCGAAAAGCUGGCAUGCCAUUUCCGGUCCCUAAUCAUCUUCCCCCUCGGAUGAAAGACCUUUUAUCAGAGUUAGUGAUUGUAGAAGAUGAGAUUGUUGGACUUGAAACUCAAAUAGAUCAGCUUCGCCCAGAUGUUAGAAACGAGAAGGAAGCAUCAAAAGAAUUAAAAGCAAAGCAGUCAUCACAGUUGCGAAAUAACACAAGUAUGGCAAGAUUAAACCAUCAACAACAAAACAAUGAUCACAAGAUGGGUUUCGAGACUCGAGCAUUACAUUUUAUCAGUAAAGCCAUCAAUGGUUAUAGCCUCACUGAUUUCACAAUCAAUGAGAAAAAUGUGGAAAGUCGUACAAUAGGAGGAGGAGGAGGAGGGAAUUUAUCACCUUAUAUACAACAUGCUAAGCAAAGUGGAGUUCAAGAUCAGCGCUCUAUAAAAAGAAGUGGGAUUCUCAAGCCUUCUGCCUCACCCUUGCGAACUUUCAGAGAUCCCACUCCUUUUAAGCCAAAAGAAAGGAGUGUAGAAGUCCGAGUGGAUCCCCCUCAGAAAUCAAUAUCAGGCCCAAAACAAGUGGAAGAGUGUAGUGGCUCAAAAUGGCAACCUAACAAGUUGUCUGAAAACAUAAUGAAAUGCUUAAUCCUCAUAUAUGUGAGAUUAAUUAGGAUAUCAAGGCAAAGUGAGCUAGAGAAAUCUGGGCCUAUAUCAAGAUCCAUGUAUUCUUCAUCAAGCUUCAGGACUGAGCCAGGGAUGAGUUUGUCAACAAGCCUCAUGAAGGAGUCCAAACAACAAGAUCCAUACGGCAUUUUCGACAUUGAAGAGGCUAUACCAAGAGAUAUUGGUCCUUACAAGAACUUGGUUGUUUUCUCUUCCAGUUGCUUAGACCCAAAAUUUGUCUCCAAUUCCAGCUCCACUCCCUUGUUCCAGAAGCUUAAAGGAUUAUUCAACAGCCUUCAGAAGGUGGAUCUCAGAUCCUUGUCGGAUCAACACAAGCUUGCAUUUUGGAUCAACAUAUACAAUGCUUGUAUAAUGCAUGGAUUUCUCAAGUUUAGUGUACCUUCAAGUCCAGAAAAGUUGCUCAAUUUAUUAAAUAAGGCAACACUAAAUGUAGGAGGAAAAGUUGUGAAUGCGCAAGCCAUAGAACGAUGUAUUCUAAGGAAACCAACACUCUUAUCUUCUAAGGAUGGGAAGGAAGCAAUUAUCCAUGAACUCUACGGCCUCAACAACGUGAACUCUAAUGUCAUUUUCACUCUCUGUUGCGGGACCCGCUCUUCCCCCUCUGUAAGAAUAUACACAGCUGAAGGAGUAAUAUCUGAACUAGAAAGAUCAAAACAAGAGUACCUACAAGCUUCAAUAUCUGUAACAACCACAAAGAAGAUUUGGUUACCCGAGCUACUAAUUCAACACAUGCAUGAUUUUGCAAAGGAUAUGGAUUCUCUAGUUGAGUGGGUUUGUCAUCAGUUGCCUACUUCUGGUUCACUUAGGAAAUCUAUUGUGGACUGUUUCAAGGGAAUCAGCAACAGUGGUAGAUUAUCUAAUGUUAUCAAUAUUGAGAAAAUGCCUUAUGAUUUUGAGUGUCAAUAUUUGUUGCAAGUCUAGAUUUAUUAUUAGGACUCUGGUUGAUGUUUUGUACUUUCAUCAAACGAAAGGCUAAUGAAUUUUGUUUUAAAUA